AUGUUAGAUGGAUGUCGAAAACAUUUUGGAAUUUCUGGCAAUAAGGAUAGCGAUGAAAAGAUCGAUGAAGAUAUGAUGGAUGCAGAAGUAAAGAAAGAUUGUGCCAAAGCAGAAAAGAAUCUGAUCAAUUUUGAGAAAAAUUAUAAAUCUAGUGAAGCUUUAAAAUUUUAUACAAAUGAUUCAUUUCUAUAUCGUCUAUUUAAUCGGGCUUUUCGAACUGAGAAUAUUGAUUUAUUAUUUAUCUUUCGAUUUUUCUUAGCCGAUAUGUACAAACAUUUACAAAAAUUACAUUCCGAACAGUUUCGUGAUAAACUUCUACGUACGGUGUUUCGUGGACAAGUGAUGACUGGUUCAGAGUUUAAUAGUAUCAAGAAUAAUAUUGGGCAUUUAAUGUCAGUGAAUACGUUCUUUUCUACAACUAUAACUUGUGAUGUCACCGAAAUGUAUUCUGGCUCAGGUGAAGAUGAUAAGAUGUUAUCCAUGCUAUUUGAAAUUGAAGUGCACACUACUCGUUCAAUGAUCAAGAAACCAUUUGCUUCAAUCAAUGAGUCAAGUCAAUUUUCUGAUGAAGAUGAAGUAGUAUUUUCGAUUGCAUCCAUAUUUCGUAUCAAAUAUGUUGAAGAUCAACGACUCGUCAGUGGAUAUUGGUAUGUUCAAUUAAUAUUAGGCGAAGAUGACAGUGAUAUGAGCAAACUUCGAAAUGAUUUAGAGCAAAGAUUUUGUGAUAAAGGGAAUUUACGUAGUCUAGGUAUAGCCCUCAGAGCUACAGGCGAUUACGAAAGAGCAGAACGUUAUUUUCCGAUGUUACUUGAAUAUAUUCCUGAAGGCCAUCAUAAUAUGGGCAAUAUUUACUCAGAUUUUAGUGUUGAAUAA